AUGAUUAAAAAUAAAUGCAUCUGUCCGCGAUGCCUUCAUCCUGUCUGUCCGAAUCCCGGCGCGGAACCGCCGCACGACGAGGUGACGCACGAAAUCGCGGACACCAUCUUGUCCGUGAAAAUACCAAAGAACACGAGACAGUUUCGGUCGGACGACGCGAAACGGUUGGAGCAAAAGCUGAGCUUCGACUUUAAUUGCGCGGACGCGGAAGGGGAGAAAUGUAAACCGGGCUGCACGAAGGUCCACGUGAUACCGGACCAGCAACCGCCGCAGAAGAAACCGGACGAGGAAACGUUCUCGCUGAAAGCCAUCAGGCAAUUUUUGCCUAACGACAACCUGAGGAACACGCUCGAGAUUGAAUUUAAGGCGCCCCGAAAUUACAUUCCUCUGCCUGAACCCGGUCCACCUCCGCCCAUAAUUGUACCGAAGCAGAAACUCGGGUCGAGGAGGGCCAACGUCAAGUGUAAAACGAAGAGGAUUCGUUCUGGUAGAACGUAA